AUGGAAAUCGCUCCACCCGUUUAUUCGAAUAUUGAACUUAUAUGUCAAGGUGCUGAAGCACGCUUAUUUCGAUGUUUAUACUUCGGUCGUCGUGCUAUACUGAAAGAACGUUUUGUUAAAACCUAUCGUCAUCUAGAUCUUGAUAGUCAUAUAACACUUCAACGUCUCAAAGGUGAAGUGCGAUUGUUAACUCGUGCUAAACAAUUAGGUAUUCACACUCCUACAAUCUAUCAUAUCGAUUGGAAUAAACGAACGAUUGUUAUGGAAGAUCUACACGAUGCUCGCACAGUGAAAUCUAUUAUUGAUGCAUUAAUUCAAGAGAACAAUACAACUAAACUAGAAACAUUAGCACAACAGAUUGGUUCAACUAUUGGUCGUCUUCAUCAAGCACAAAUUGUACAUGGAGAUUUGACCACAUCAAAUAUGUUAUUAACAGAAAAUGAUCAAUUAUAUUUGAUCGAUUUUGGUUUGAGUGCGCAUGUGCCGAAUAAGACUCAAAUGCUCGAAGCACUUGCAGUUGAUCUGUAUGUUUUAGAGCGGGCAAUUAUUUGUACGCAUCAAAAAGCAAAACAUUUCUUUUCAAAUAUCCUUAUGGCAUACAGAAGUUCGAUUCUAGAUGAAAAACAGCGUACACUAACAAUGAAUAAAUAUGAAGAAGUUCGUGCACGAGGACGAAAACGUAGUAUGGUUGGUUAA